AUGUCUGGAUCAGUGGGAGGUGUUCAAACCAAAUUAAGACAAUCCCAUCCUUCAGCAUCUCAAGCUGUUUAUGUCCAUUGCAUGGCUCAUAAGGUUAACUUAGUCGUUGUGGAUAUGUGCAAGCAUUUAAAAGAUGCUAGGAAUGUAUUUAAUGGUCUAGAAGCUUUAUAUGUCCACUUUUCUAAGCCAGCUAAAGACCAAAAAUUGACAAAUAUGCAAAACAAACUUGGGUUGAAAAACACUAAACUAGAACAACUAAGUGAUACUAGAUGGGUUUGUAGAUUUAAAAGCUGCAAUGCACUUAUACAAAACUAUAAAUCUAUAUUAAUGACAUUGGAUGAUGAAAUACUUGAACAAAAAUCAAAAGAUGUGGCACAAGCAAUUGGUACUUCUUCAGUCCAUACAUAUAUUGAGUACUCAGCUUCAGUUAAAAGGAACAACUUUGGGCCAAUCAGGAAAUUUAAUAAAAGGAAUAAUUUCAACGCUCGAAAAUAA